AUGAGUAUUGACAACAAGUUGUUUGUUACUGAAGAGGAGGAGGAAGACAGGACGCAGGACCGUGCUGAUGUUGAGGAUGAGUCUAAUGAUGUUGAUAUGAUAGCGGAUGAGAACGGUACAGACAGCGCUAUUGCUAACGAACAAGAGAAAGGAGCCGAAGAAGUAACAGCUGGAGAAGAUACCGGUGAAGAAGAAGAGGAUGACCCAGUAAUCGAGGAGUUUCCAUUGAAUAUCUCCGGAAACGAUGAGUCACUACAUGUGUUUCAGUACGCAAAUAGACCAAGGCUGGUGGGACGCAAGCCUGCUGAGCAUCCGUUCAUCUCUGCGGCGAGAUAUAAACCCAAGUCGCAUCUAUGGGAAAUAGACAUUCCUUUAGAUGAACAGGCCUUCUAUAACAAGGAUAAAGCUGAGAGCGAUUGGAACGGUGUCAAUGUCCAGACAUUAAAAGGCGUAGGCGUGGAAAACGAUGGCCAGUAUGCUGCGUUUGUCAAAGAUAUGCAGGUCUAUUUGGUACCUGUUGAGAGGGUAGCACAACUGAAACCAUAUUUUAGGUAUAUUGACGACGUGAAUGUAACAAGAAAGCAGGAGGACGCCAAAAGGAACCCCAAUCCUUCCUCACAACGUGCUCAGGUGGUCACCAUGUCUGUCAAGAGCGUCAAUGAUCCUUCACAGAACAGGCUCACUGGUUCCCUGCUGGCACAUAAAGUGGCCGAUGAAGAGGCUAACCUUGAAUUGACCUGGGCAGAAGGUACUUUUGAGCAGUUCAAAGAAACUGUAGUGAAGGAAGCCGAAGAUAAAACCUUGAUAGCUUUAGAAAAACAAGAAGACUAUAUAGAUAAUUUAGUUUGA